AUGGACAACAUAGACGAGGAAUAUGACCGGCUCGUUGAACACCUUCACGACUGCACGCAGAGGGCUGAGAGUUUUAAAACCACCAAGAGACAUCCUUCUCUUAAAACUCUUGAGCUGAUACGCCAGCGUGAAGCAGCACGAGCCGCAGGGAACCAAGAACUCACAGGCGGGGAAAAGCAUCCACUAUGCCCGUCGAGACUUCGCCAGUCGCAAGACAAGGAUGACUGCUCUCCUGAACCCAAAGGGAACAGCCAUUGCAUCAAGAAGGGGAUGGAGAAUAUCAUCUACGACUUCUACUCUGAUCUCUUCGACACCUACGUCCACUUGCCUCCUGACCAUCUGAUGGAAGACAGACAUGUCAUUCCAGAGGUUCUCCCGUCCGACAUACGACAUGCUAUCAUGUCGGUAAGAAAUCGUACGGCACCCGGUCCCGACAGAAUAAGACCAGAACAACUGAAGAACCUUCCGCCAGUACUCAUCAACACCCUAGCGAGGCUCUUUACACGUUACCUGUCGGAAUGCAAGGUUCCUAAACAGUGGAAGACCAGCAAGACCGUGUUGCUGUAUAAAAAGGGAGAUCCACAUGACAUCGGCAACUAUCGCCCAAUCUGCUUACUGUCCGGUCUUCAGCUGAAUCUAGACAAGACGAUUUUCAUGCGUAACGGAUGGGUCUCGGAUGCCCAAUUCUCGCUCAACGGAACGAACUUAUCCGAUUGCACCAACUACGUUUAUCUGGGUCGGGAAUUGAACAUGAUGAACGACCUGGCUACUGAGCUGGGCAGGAGGAGACGAGCGGCUUGGGGAGUGUGUAAGAGCAUCGAGGAUGUAGUGAAGAAGACCAAGAACACACGGCUCCGUGCUCAUCUCUUCAACACCACCGUAUUUCCUGCUUUGACCUAUGGUUCGCAAACCUGGGCAUUUCGCAAGCAGGAAAAAACGCGGUGA